AAUUGAUAUACUUAACUGUUAAGACAGCGAAGAUGUUGAAAUCCGUAGCCAGUAAGAUAAUUGCAUUUAUAUUUAUCUUUGGACAAUUAACCAAUGCAUUACAUUUCUAUUUAAAUACUGGAAAUACCAGAUGUUUCUUUGAAGAAUUACCAGAAGAUACAUUGGUCGUUGGAAGAAUUGAUGCUUAUGAAAAUCCGAAUCUCGAUCAUCUUAGUCCAGAUGAUGUAUUUGUGCAUAAUCCAUUAUUGAGAGUUCAAAUAACUGUUGAUGAAACAUUUGAUAACAAUCAUAGAGUUGUUAAUCAAAAAUCAUCACCAAAUGGUGAAUUUACUUUCACUUCAUUAGAUUCUGGUGAACAUAAAUUUUGUUUAACUCCUGUCUAUGAUGAUGGACUGCGUGGAAAGAAUCAUAGAAUAUUCUUUGAUGUUGCUAUUGGAUCCGCUCAUGAUUAUGUUGAUUCCAAAUCUACUAAAAAGAUCGAUUCUUUAACUCUUAAAAUACAAUCUUUAAAUAAGAAAUUACAAGAAAUUCACUGGGAACAAGAACACAUGAGAGAAAGAGAAGCAAUCUUCAGAGAUCAAUCUGAAAAUACUAAUUCUAGAGUUAUCAAAUGGACAAUUGUUCAAUUAAUCGUCUUAGUUGGAACAUGUAUCUAUCAAUUACGUCACUUGAAGAGUUUCUUUGUCAAACAAAAGAUUGUUUAAAUGGAGUUUUAUAGUAAGGCUAUUACUAUAUCAAACAAGCAUGCUUAUGAAAAGUUGAUGUUCAGACUGGUUUCCAAGUGUUAGUUAGCCUAUUCUAUUCUUAAUGUAUAAAAUCAAUCAACACAGAUAUAUAUAUAUAUAUAUAAAUAUAUUUGUAGGCCAUAUAGUAGACCCAUAGUUAAUCAUAAUUUUUCACUUGCAC